AUGGACACGAUCAAGAACACGAUUGCAUCCGCGACGCAACCCAAAGGCCAGAAGAUCUUCCGCCUGCGCGGGACGGUGCAGGACUACGAGUGGGGUAAGCUGGGCUCGACGUCGCUUGCGGCCGAUCUUGCGCAGGAGGGCGUAGGCCCGGAAUUUGAGCUCGAGAAGGACCAUCCGUACGCCGAGCUAUGGAUGUCUACGCACGAGAACGGACCCGCGUCUACGUUUACCACACCCUCGCGCCAGCUUAGCGACAUGGUCAAAUCCGAGCCAGAGCACUACCUCGGCCAAACGGUGCUAGAGCGGUUCAAGGGCGACAAACAGGUCCCCUUCGUCUUCAAGAUCCUGAGCGCCGGCAAGGCUCUCCCCCUCCAAGCCCACCCGGACAAGAAGCUCGGCGAAGAGCUGCACAGACGUGACCCGGCGCAGUUCACCGACACGAACCACAAGCCCGAGAUCGCCGUCGCGAUCGGCCCGCCCGUGUCCGACGCCUUUGGCGGGCCGCCCGACACCGCGUUCCUCGGCUUCGCGGGGUUCAGGCCGCUCAGUGAUAUCCGGCGCACGCUGGACGCCGUGCCGGAGUUGCGAGCUGCGAUCGGCGACGAGCGCGCUGUGCGGGCGUUUCUUGAUAGGCCGAGUCAGGAGGGGUUGAGGGGGGUGUAUUAUGCGCUGUUGAGGAGGGGGAAGGAGGGGUAUGAGGAUAUGAAGGGGCAUGUGCAGGCGCUGUUUAAGGGCACUGGUGCUAGUCCGCCAGAGGAGGUCGACACGCUCGUGCGGCUCGCUAAGAGGGUGGACGAGCAGUACCCCGGCGACGUCGGCGUGUUCGCGGUGCCGUUCUUCAUGAACCUGUUCAGGCUGAAGAAGGGCGAGGCGAUUUACGUGGGCGCCGACGAGGUGCAUGCGUGGUUCGAGGGUGAUAUCAUCGAGUGCAUGGCCGCCUCCGACAACGUCAUCAACACCGCCUUCGUCCCGCCCGCCCAGCGCGACAUCGACACGUUCAACGAUAUGCUGACAUACACCUCGCGCCCGCCGUCGCACUGGGUCCUCCCCACAACACCCCUCGAGCGCUCCGUGCACGGACGCACGACCAAGAUCUCGCCGCCGCUCGCAGAGUUCGAGGUCCUGCACUCUGUGCUUGAGCCGGGCAAACCGGAUACGAUACGCGCGGCACGGGGGCCGAGUAUCGGGAUCGUGGCGAGCGGGGAGAGGGUGCGGUUCGAGGUUGAGCAUGAUAUGUUGGAGCUGCCGAGGGGCGGGAUCGUGUUCGUUGCGCCGGGGUGUGAGGUGAAGGUUGGGUAUGUGGGUGAUGGGGAGGGUGGUGCGGAGGUUUGGUGGGCUACGACGAACGAUUUGGAGUAG